UCCCAAAGCAUCAUUCUAAUUCCCCUACAACAGUUGCUUAAACCUGAAGCCAAACAAAAAUCCCCUACAAUAAAUACACCCAUAUAUGUAACUUAUUAACUGAUCAUUGCAAAAAUGUAUACAUUAGAUCUAAUCCCAUUAAAAAGAGUAUUAUAUAUAUUUAAUCUUGUCUUCUUUUUCCCCAAUCAAAUUACAAUAUAAUAAACCCAACAUUCUACUGUAAGAAAGCCAUGACAAAAUACAACGAAAUCUCCCACUUCAGCCACCCCUAUCACAAGCUCAAGUUCGAGUACUCUGAAUUCCCGUUCAAGUGCGAUGGAUGCAAAGAGAUUGGGAUUGGAUCACGCUACAAGUGCCCCAUUUGUGACUUUGAUCUUCACAUGUACUGUGCCCUCCCUUCCCCGAACAUUUGCCACCCUUUUUACACCAAAUGCUCCUUUCAGUUCCUCUCCAGGCCCCCAGGCAACUCACCGCGCUACUGCAACGCCUGCGAGAAAGAUAUUACCGGAUUUGUUUACCACUGCAACUCUUGCGGAUUCGAUCUUCACCCGUGCUGCGCCAAGCUGCCGAUGAUUCUGGACGAUGGUGAGACGAAGCUGUACUUGUAUCGAAAGGUGAGCUCGUCGUGCCACCGUUGCGGCAGGAAGGGAAGGAGCUGGAGCUACCGGUCUAAGUGCAAGAAGUACAAUCUACACGUAGCGUGCGUGAGAGAGAUGCUGAUGGAGAGCUGGUCCGAUAUAUACGCCGGAAGGGGGAAAGCCAUUACUUCUUCUUCGUCUUCGUCCUCGUUUUCCAGGUCGACGAUUCCGAGCCUGAAAAACACGCUGCAGACGCAUCAUAGGAAGUCCGGGAGGGGUAAGGUGAAAAAGUGUUGCGAGAUGGCCGGGUUGGCCGUACAGUUCGUCAUCUCUGCCGUUUUGGGAGAUCCGACGACGCUCAUCGCAGGCCUUAUUGGCUCCCUCAUCUCCAGAGCUUGACGCGUCAGAUCAUCAUAUCUACCAUGUAAAGUGAUGUUCGAUGGCAAUUACCUAUUAAUACGCCGUCGUAUUAAUUGGAUAUGUUUAAUUUGGGAGGGGAAGCUGAUAUUUGUAUAAUAUAUAGUAUUAAAUAUGUUGUUUAACUGGGUUAGUUUAAAGAUGCUUUAAUCAUAUUGUGAAUAAAACUAUAAUUAGCGGCAAAACUUUAUUAAAUUAGAUUAUUAUUUGUUUGUAGUUUUAAUCUAAUUACGAUUGUAAUAAUAAUUAAUAAAUUAAUUCAAUUAUAUGGAGAAAAAA